AGGAGUCCCUGAAGGCAGCAUUGCCUAGCAACAGCGUAGUUUAGUUGCUUGACAUGAGUUGCUUGGCUUUGGCCAACUUUCUCUGACACAAUGCCCAAAAAGAAGGAUAAGAAAAGCGGCGACAAACAAGAUGAAGCCAAGAAAACAUCGAAAAAGGAAAGUUCUGCAGCCUCCGCAGAUAAAACCGGGUCAGACGACAAAGAGAGGGAUUUAUAUCUGACUCAAAUACGAUAUUUGAACGAGCAGUUGGAGAGAUAUCAGCCGAAAUGUGAUCAACUAGAGAGGCAGAAGAAUGACUUAAACUUUCAGUACAGUGCACUGGAGAAGGAGAAAAAGGACAUUGUUGAGUACCUGAAACGCUCCCUGAUAAAAAAGGAGGACGAGGUGGAUGAGCUGACAGAGCUUCUGGAGAGUCAGCGGCAGGCUGCCGAUAAUGACAGAGACUCUCUGCAGUUGCAGCACAGUCUGCUGAGGCAAGAGCUUCAAGACCGGAUUGAAGAACUCAACGCAGAAAACACCACACUCGUGAUGAGGCUGGCUAAUCUGGAGGAGUUCCAGAAGCAGAAGGAGCAGCUGACGUCCAACAUGGAGUCUCUGGAGAAGCAGUUGGCCAAUCAGAACGAGGAACACAAAGCUGCUAUCCACAGCCUGGAGAUGAAAGCACUGCUGGAAAAGACGAGGUUAGAGAAGGAGAUGGAGAGCCAUGUGGCGGCCAUGGCGGCAGAGGUACAGCACCUGGUGGACCAGAAGCUUCCAGAGACAACCAGGUUGGCUCUUCAGGAGAACUCGGAGGUCAAGGCUCAGAUCAGCCAGCUGUCAGAGCAGACACGUGUCCUGAUGGAGGAGAACUCUGCCCUGCGGGACCGUAAGAGUCGGCUCAGUGUGGAUGUGGAUAUCCUGGAGAAAAUGCUCAGCGAGAUGUCCCGCAAGAGCUGUAUCCGCAAGAAGGUGGUGGAGCAGCUUACAGAAAAGUGUCAGCAGCUGCAAGCGGAGCUGAAAGACUGUAAGCGAGAACUCGAGCAGCUUCAGACCAAACACACAGGAGUCCUGGCUGAGAUGGAGGCACUCAGACAGGACCGGACCUCGCUGUCCGAGCAGUGCAGUGAAAACAGAGCCAAGGUGAGCGGGCAGGAGGCAGAGCUACAGCAGGAGAGGAAGAGGAGGAGCAGGAUGAAGAGCAUCAUGCAGGAGGCAGCCAUCACUCUCAGACAAGCCCUGAUGGAUGCUCCCACAGACCACGUCUCGGAGGGGGACUCUGUUGUCCAGUGGAAGCAGCUGAUGGAGAAGCUGCUGGUGGUCUUGGACCGGCCCACACCCACCAACACCACCGCUGAGAAAGACAAGCUGGAUGAGCAGCAGACCUCGGACCCUGCAGCAGUCAGAGAUGUGACCCUGAAUCCAGCUUUGAGUUUUCAGUUCGAGCUGGCCCGCUACAGGCCGGGUGACCUAGGCCUCGUGCCCCGUCCCGCACUCAAACACAAACUCUCCAGGAUGGGAGCAGCUGUGUCCAGCACCACCCACGUACCUCUGCACAGGAAGCCCUCCAGUCAGAAAACAGCCAGCUCCAAUAACCAGACUCAUUCAAUUGUCGGAAACUUACUCUCUAAACCCAAAUAACAACAAAACUAGACUCCUGUUCUUGUUGGAGAAAACCCUUCAUUUCGCCAAAAUACAGAGGAGCCAGUCUGCUGUUUCUACCUUCAGUCCUUUGCAAAUUACUCAAAUUCAUAUUUACUUUUUCUCAUAAAUGUGUUUUGUGUUGACUGUAAAUUGACUGUCUGGUCAUACAAGACAAAAUAUGGAUGUAGCAGUAAAACACUGGAGUAUUUUUAAUGGAGCAACCAAGGGUUUGUUCAUUCAGCAUUGAUCAAAGAAUGAAUGUGACAUUUCUUUAGUGAUGGCUUUCAAAUCCUCAAUGUCUCACUAAAAAAUGAUAGUUUAACCAGCGAUCAUGAUUUUCCUGACAAAACCGUUAUGGCGUAACUAUGGCGUAAAUACUCAUUACACAGAAUGACCCAUUUCAGAAUCAUUUACAUUAUAUUAUUGGGUAAUAAUUAUUGAUGCAUUAAUGUGGUCAUCACUAAUGUUACAGCUGGUAAAGGUGGUAGUAAUUUAAACUACUUUAUAUACUGCUGGGUAGUUUAUGAAUUCCCACCCGGGGAUGAUCUUAAUCUGUUUUAUUCAUCUGAAUCUGUGAAGUAACUAGUAACUAAAGUUGUGCCAAAAAGAGGAGGUUGUCACCAUUUUAUUCUUUUUUUAAAUUAACAAAAGGUCAAGAUAUUGAUUUUGUUUCAUUCUGCUUUGAUUUAUGACUUGAGUCUCUUUGUCUUCUUUAGCUUCACAUUUGUGUUUUAGGCAUUUGUUUUACACAUGUGUUUAUGCAUGUUGAUGAAAUGUUGCAUUUUGUAUUUCAUCGUUUCUGAUCAUCACUUAAGAUUAAGUGGGCAUGUCAUAUAUUACUCAUCUGAGUUGUGUUUAAUGUAAUAAAAAUAAAAAAAUGAACUGGUUUUCUAUGCAUCCAGCAUUUUAUUUUGUGGUAGUGUGCAGUUUUUAGAGCACUUUGCUAAAUGUUGGAUAUAAAAGAUGUUGCUGUCUUUGUCUAGAAAUAAAAUACGUUUGGAGUGAAAAGUAUUCAAUAGCUUCUAUUCUUCUGCUAAACAGGUACAAAGAACCAUGUAGAAACCCAGAACAGUCUGAAAAUGUAAGAUAAAAACCUAAAGAAACUAAAGGUUUUCCAACAGGCUGUGGUAAGAGAAGAAUGAUCCGUACUGCACUUUCAUUUCCUUAAAUGUGUGAAUAUAACAGAUUUACUUACCUAAGAAUUGUGGGUCAACAAUGACGACAAGACACUGAUCUAUAUUCUUUAAUUGAUUUUUAUUGUUAUAUGGCAUCCCAGGCACUUCAAUUCUCAUUCGGAGAUGAAAGUCAGUACCUAGAAGAACACUAGGAGGAGGACAGCUUAUAUUACACAUGAUGAGACAGAAAAUAACUUGACACAAAAAGGAGAAUAACUAAACUAAUGACCACCGUAUGUACAAUGAAAUACAUAUAUCUGCAUUAAAAACUAUACUUUGAUAAAUAUAUAACUUCAUGGGUUGUUAUGUAGUAAUAGGAAAUAUUCAAAAUACUGUGAUUCUUUUUAAAUAGAUACAAAUGAUUUGUAUAAAAGUACAAUUUCUCCAGUCUAGGUUGCGCCUACUCAUUGAUGUAUUCAUCCACAUGAGUUGUACAUGUACUGCAGAGAGCUGGGCGCACAGGCCGGGCCGUCGAGGUGAGCAAUAUAUCGAGGAAAUACUUCCUCUAACAUGUGGGUGGAUUAUUCUCACUCUGUCUACUCUGAUGCGCUCAAAAACAAAAAAGUUCAAAAAACAAAACAAAAAAAUCUAACGUUUUGGUGCUCUUGAAUGAUCAACAUUGAGCUUUGAAAGUAAAAAAAUGUCAAAUUGCAAAAAAAAAAAAAAAGGA